CACGUGACUCCGGGAAGAUGGCCGCCGUAACAGCCAAGCACUUUGCAGCACUGCAGAGCCUGCUGAAGGCUUCCUCGAAAGAUGUUGUCAGACAGCUGUGUCAAGAGAGCUUUUCCAGUUCAUCCCUUGGCUCAAAAAAACUCUUGGAUAUGACGUGUUGCAGCUUGUCUGUGACCCAGGAGGAGGCAGAGCACCUACUCCAAGCUCUGCACCGCCUCACCAGGCUGGUGGCCUUCCGAGACCUGUCCUCUGCCGAGGCGGUUCUGGCUCUCUUUCCAGAAACUUUCCACCAAAACCUCAAAAACCUGCUGACGAAAAUCAUCCUAGAACAUGUAUCUGCUUGGAGAACUGAAGCCCAAGCAAAUCAAAUCUCUCUGCCACGCCUAGUUGACCUGGACUGGAGAGUGGAUAUCAAAACCUCCUCGGACAGCAUCAGCCGCAUGGCCAUCCCCACUUGCCUACUCCAGAUGAAGAUCCAAGAAGAUCCCAGUCUUUGUGGGGACAAACCCUCCGUCUCUGCUGUGACCGUGGAGCUGAGCAAAGAAACGCUGGACACUAUGUUAGAUGGACUGGGCCGCAUCCGAGACCAGCUUUCUGCUGUGGCCAAUAAAUGAACCCACCAGCUGCCAGGGCCACCGCCACUUCUGUGUGGCAGUGCCGAAGCACCUUCCCUUGAGGCAGCGGCUGAGCUGUGGGCUGGCAGGGUGGGGGGGUGGGGGGACUUGCUCACAUCCACGAGGCACAGAGAGAUAGGGAGGAAGCAGCUGGACCCUUGCUGUUCUUUUUUCUCUUCCUCAAGCUGUUGCACAGAAGCCUCUGUGAAAGGCUCCUGAGUGCGGCCUGCUCACUGCCAUGCGGUGUAGGGAGCACAUGCAACAUCAGCUGCCUCAGUAUGGGGGAGAUUCAGGCCCACACUGUGGAACUUGCUUCCUGAGUUCAUUUCCACCAUUAGUUCUGAUGGCUUCAUUUCCAGCUUGGGAACAAAUGGAAGCAAACGAAUGAGGCCAGCAGCAUCUGCCUCUCUGUCAGAAGCCAGGAGAAUCUCACGGAGCUGGGCCACCGCAGUGUGGUUCCCCCAGGGCGUUCCCUUAGCUCUCUCACCCUGCCGGAACAUCUCCCAGCUGAGGAAGUCUGAGCCACUCCUGGGGGAGGAAGCGAGAGUACUGCAGUUGGAAAUAAAUAACAGUUAUGAUUCUGGUCAUGAUUCUUUGCACCUCCGUUGUUGCCUUUGGCCAGUGCUACCUUAUUCUUGAAGAUUCCAACUUCCUGAUUCCCAGCCAAGCCCAUGACCCCUGGUGUGACAUGAAACACGGCAUAGGAACCUUCUUACCACCUUCUGUGCUUGUGCUGGUCAUAUGGAACAGAAAGGAGCAAGGUUGACAGCCUGCAUUGUUACAAGAGUCAUGACUGUAACGAAAGGACACUGUAAGAUCAUCUCUGCUAGGUGCCCCCGUGUGUGAAGACCUUUGCUUCAUCCAGAUCAUCCCGCUGCGAGCAGUUUGCAACCUGCUCUCUGAGCUCUGUUUUGGCAGCUUCUCUAAGGGGUGUACCUGGAGUGGAUGGAGGAGUGGGACCACAGGUUAAGAAUACAGUGUGCACUUGGUGCUCAGGCCACCAGGAUCUAAGGCUGGCUUUGCUUCUUAGGUUCAGUUCUUUCCCACACCUUUUUACUUACUAUUAUUAA